UACGACUACCUUUUCAAGCUGCUCCUCAUCGGAGACUCCGGUGUUGGAAAGUCCUGCUUGCUGCUCCGGUUCGCCGAUGACACAUACACGGAAAGCUACAUUUCCACCAUCGGUGUGGACUUCAAAAUCCGCACCAUCGAACUGGAUGGUAAAACCGUGAAGCUUCAGAUUUGGGACACUGCUGGCCAAGAGCGAUUCCGUACCAUCACUUCGUCUUACUACCGUGGUGCCCAUGGAAUCUGCGUCGUUUACGAUGUGACCGACAUGGAUUCCUUCAACAACGUCAAGCAGUGGCUCCAGGAAAUUGACCGAUAUGCCACCGAGGGUGUUAACAAGCUGCUUGUUGGCAACAAGAGUGAUAUGGAGGACAAGAAGGUCGUGGAGUACACUGUAGCUAAGGAGUUCGCCGACAGUCUUGGAAUCCCCUUCCUUGAAACCUCUGCCAAGAACGCGUCGAAUGUCGAACAGGCAUUCUUGACGAUGGCCCGACAGAUCAAGGAGCGCAUGGGAACGGCCACAGUUAACAACAAGCCCACAGUGCAGGUCGGGCAGGGCCAAGGUGUUCAGUCGGGCUCGGCAGGCGGAUGCUGCUAG